AUUCUUUCGUGUCGUAUUUGUGUUCAUAUUUUACUAAAUAUUUCUGACUGUAGUGUGUAUUAUUUACAGCAGUUUAAGGUAAUUUAGAAACUAGGCUUUGCCUUACAUGCACCUAAUAGAAUAAUCACAAAUAUGGAGAAAGCACAAAACUCACUGAGCAAAGAUAUAAAUCCUUCAUGCCAACAUAAAUGCCUUGCUUGCAGCAAAGAAUUUUCCCAAAAAAGCAGCUUAAUAUCACAUUUAAAGCUACAUACAAAAUCUGACAUGUACCAAUGUGAUUACUGCCUUAAAUCCUACACGAGAAAGUCUACUUUAGAACAACACAUCAGGGAACAUACUAAAUUAAAUAUCUUUCAAUGUGAACUAUGUGAGAAAUAUUAUACAGUUAAAUCAAAACUGCGGAGUCAUGUAAAAAGUCAUGAGAAUGUAAAAGCUUUUGCUUGUCAUAUAUGUAAUCAAAGUUAUACAUAUAAACAUAGUCUGGCAUCUCAUUUGCUUUCACAUAAAGGCCUCAUACACACUUGUGAAUUUUGUGGCAAACUGUACAGGAAUAAAGCAAACGUAGAAAGACAUUUGUUGACACAUGAAGGUUCAAAAUCGUUUGAAUGUAAUGUAUGUUUAAAAAAAUUCUACCAAAAGGUACAUUUAUUGAAGCAUUCAGUUGUCCAUAGUGGGAAGAAGAGAUUCCUAUGCCCUGUUUGUGGCAAAUGUUUUAGUAGAAAGGACAGUUUAGUGAAACACGGUAAAGUGCAUACUAUAAAAUAUAUGGACAAUAAUAUAGAAACGUUAGAUGAUAAUAUUGAUAAUAGAGAUGAUAUUGAUGAUAAUAUUUUAAUACAAAGGACUUACAAGCUUUGUAAUAAUAAAAGUGACAAUAUAAAUAAUUAUGAAAAUGUUGACAACCAAGAUUAUGGACUUCAAGAUAGUAAUGAAAUAAAUAUUAUCAUAGAUGAUAAAGAUUUUAUAAACAUAAGUUUCACUUCCAAUCAUGCUGAAACCACUAAUGAUACAAGUAAAGAAAAUAUAAAAACGAAUGACAUUAUUCUAAGUAAGACUUCAAAAUUAGAAGAUACAAAACAUAAAUGCACAAUAUGCAAUAAGAGCUACAAGCACCUAAAAUCAUUGAAACUACACACAAGAUUACACACAUUAGACGCAAUAGUGUGCGAGAUAUGUUCUAAAGUGUUCGCUGUGUUUAGCAAGUAUGAAGCACACAAAUUGUCUCAUAUGGGUGUGAAGCUGUUUGGAUGUGAGUUGUGUGAGAAGAGGUUCACUGCGAGGCACUCUUUGGAGGCGCACUACAGGGCCCAUAAUGGGGACAAGCCAGUGCAGUGUGCGGAAUGUGGGAUGAGAUUCACAAAGCAAAGCUCCCUCACCCGGCAUUCGCGCGCACACCGACCGCACAGGUCGACGCCCGCACACCGACCACCCCGCGAGCUGCUGUGCGCCGCGUGCGGCCGCCGGUUCCGAAGGAAGGACGUGCUCGGUGUUCAUAUGAGGACUUGUCUUAAGUGACAU